AUGAGCAACGCGAUGCUACGCAUUUCUAGCUCAUGCCAAAGGACCACUCGACAUGUCCGACAUGUGCCUUCGCUGAUAGCAGCACCGUCGGUGCGCUUCGGCGACCAUGCGUUGAGGACCAAAUCAGCAUCCUUUCACGCGGCAGGGCGUGCUGGUGUUCCAUUGAUACAGAAGCAACCGCUCGUUCGUCAAAGGAGCCGCUCGACCAAGAGUGCCCAACCUUGUUCCAGGGGUACAAUAAGGCACGCCUGUUGUUAUACGACAGUCUCCAUGGCUCCUCAGCCUAUCAUUCAUGAUAUCUUCGAAUCCAAAACAGGAACAUGGCAGUAUGUCGUGGCUGACCCAGUCACGAAAGCCGCAGUCAUCAUUGAUCCGGUUCUAGACUACGACCGAACUACUCAAGUUAUCAGCACGUCAUCUGCUGACGGGUUGCUCUCACUGAUCAAAACGAACGGCUACACGGUUUCUCGAGUACUGGAAACUCAUGCCCAUGCAGACCAUCUGACAGCUGCGUCGUACUUGCAAAAUCGUCUUACCCGUGCGCAUGAGCUCGUGCAAGGCCACAUGCCACCGAUUGGUAUCGGAAAGCGCAUCAGCCAGGUGCAAGAUCUUUUUAUUCAAAGAUACGGUGUCCCGAGUGAGGAAACUCAGGGGGUCUUUGAUCAGCUUUUCAACGACGAUGAAGAGUUUGCCAUUGGUGACUUACGCGCCACCGCGCUGCACCUUCCUGGCCAUACUCCCGAUCACUUGGGCUACAAGAUUGGAGACAAUGUUUUCUGCGGCGACUCUCUCUUCCACGUCGACAUCGGCACCGCGCGAUGCGACUUUCCUGGGGGAAGCGCCAACAACCUUUUUCACUCGGGCCGCAGACUCCUAAGCCUCCCGGAUCACGUCAAACUAUGGACAGGCCAUGACUACCCCCCGAAGGACCGGGCUCAACCUGUGGCUUGGAUGACUGUAAGGGAUCACAAAAAGCACAACAUUCAUCUGAGGGAUAGCAUCACGGAGGAAGAGUUUGUGGCACGACGGAAGCGACGCGAUGCAAGCUUAGGAGAGCCUAAAUUACUCCAUCAGUCUUUGCAGACGAACAUCCGGGCUGGGAGACUUCCCCAACCAACAGCUUCAGGGCAUCGCAUGUUCCGUCUGCCGGUGAAGCUAAAUGGCUUGCAAUGGUAA